AUGAGUAAAGAAGAAGAAGCUAUCUUCCGUUCAGCGGAAAUGGCUUAUGUGCAAUUAUAUGUGCCGUUAGAGAUCUCUCGUGAAGUGGUAUGUCUCCUAGGUAACUUAGGACUAUUAAUGUUUAGAGAUUUGAACAGUGACACUAAUGAAUUCCAACGUACAUAUGUAGAACAGUUAAGGCGAUGUGACGAUACACAACGAUUGUUGACAUUUUUAGCAGAAACCAUGGAUAAACAUGCAAAUGUUUAUUGGCAUACUUAUACAGAUUCAGGUCAAGAAACUCUAUUACAGAAUAUGGCUGUGGAAGAUUUGAAUUCAAUCAAUGAUCUGACUACAGAAAUAGAAUUGGUCGAAUCAAGAGUAAGAAGAUUAGAUGAAUCGUUAAACGAUAUUCAAUUGAAAUUAGAUUCAUUAUUAGAAACAAGAUAUGUUGUAUUUAAAGCUGAAAGAUUUUUACAAAUUAAUCCAGGUAUUGUUGGAAGAGUGUCUCGUGAAUACAGAGAACAACAACAACAAAAUAAUAUCGAUGAAGAAAGUUUUCUUGAUAAUGAUAAUUUUUCAUUUACUAUUGAUUCUGAAGACGAACAAGAACAAGGUGUACACAAUAAUCAUGAUGUUGACAAUGGUCAUGUAUUGUUGGGGAGUGGCAUACAAGAACAAUUUAUGGUGGUUGGUGCGGUUCGUAGGGAUAAAGUUGAUACUUUGAAUAAAUUAUUAUGGAGAUUGUUACGUGGUAAUUUAUAUUUUCAAAACAUUGCUAUUGAAGAACCUUUAUUGGAUUCAGAUGGAUUAACACGUGUAGAAAAAGAUUGUGUAGUGGUAUUCACUCAUGGCCAUAUAUUAAUUAAUAAAGUUAGACGUGUUAUGGAAUCCUUAGGGGCUCAUAUUAUCCCUUUAGAUAAAGAACAUUUCCCAAAAUUGAAUACAUUAAAUGAUGAAAUUGAUGACUUACAACAAAUUGCUCAAUCAACUGAACAGGCAUUACAUACAGAAUUGUUGGUAGUUCAUGAUCAAAUUCUGCAUUGGAAUGUUGCAUUUAAGAGAGAGAAGUCUAUUUACGCAACUCUAAACUUGUUUAGACAAGAAACUCAUGGUUUAGUCGCCGAAGCUUGGUUACCAAAUAAUGAGAUUACCGAUUUAACUCAAUCUUUAAAAGAUUUUGUAGAAUCUAUUGGUUCAGAAUAUAGUGCUGUGGUGACAAUAAUACAUACAAAUAGACAACCUCCGACGUAUCAUAGAACAAAUAAAUUUACUGAUGCAUUUCAAUCCAUUGUUGAUGCUUAUGGGAUUGCUACAUAUCAAGAGAUUAAUCCAGGUUUGGCUACAAUUGUUACAUUCCCAUUCAUGUUUGCCAUUAUGUUUGGUGAUUUGGGUCAUGGAUUCAUUCUUUUCUUGAUUGCUCUCGUAUUAAUACUUAAUGAACGGAAGUUUGGAGCGAUGACUAGAGAUGAAAUCUUCGAUAUGGCUUUCACAGGUAGAUAUGUCCUAGUAUUAAUGGGUGCAUUUUCAAUGUAUACGGGGCUCAUGUAUAACGAUAUGUUCUCGAAACCAUUGACUUUAUUCAAAUCUGGUUGGGAAUGGCCUACAAGUUUUAAACAAGGAGAUAAUAUUUCAGCAAAACAAGUCGGUGUCUAUCCAUUUGGACUUGAUUCUGGAUGGCAUGGUACAGAGAAUGGUCUUUUGUUUUCAAAUUCAUAUAAGAUGAAAUUAUCAAUCUUAAUGGGGUUCAUUCAUAUGACUUAUUCCUUUAUGUUUUCAUAUAUUAAUUUUAAACGUAGAAACUCUACUGUUGAUAUUAUUGGUAAUUUUAUCCCAGGUUUGAUUUUCAUGCAAUCUAUCUUUGGUUAUUUGUCUUGGGCUAUUGUAUUUAAAUGGUCAAAGGAUUGGAUUAAAGAUAAUAAACCAGCUCCAGGUCUGUUAAAUAUGUUAAUCAAUAUGUUUUUGGCUCCUGGAAAGAUAGAUGAACAACUUUAUAAAGGACAAGCUUUCUUACAACAAGUAUUGUUAUUAGCUGCGCUCGUUUGUGUUCCUUGGUUAUUAUUAUAUAAACCAUUAACUUUAAGAAGGCUUAAUAAAAGUGCUAAAAUGAGAGGUUAUGAAGGUAUUCAAGAUCAAGAGACUAGUCGUGAAUUGAUGGAAACAGAACAACAAUUGCAUAAUCCAGACAAUAACGAUAUGGUAGUCACAGAUUUCGAUCUUGAACGAGACAAUGGUGGUGACGAUUCAAAUCAACACGGUCCCAAUGCAGAAUUUAAUUUCGGUGAUAUCAUGAUCCACCAAGUGAUCCAUACCAUCGAAUUCUGUUUAAAUUGUAUCUCUCACACCGCGUCCUACUUAAGACUUUGGGCUCUGUCGUUAGCUCAUGCUCAAUUAUCCUCUGUAUUAUGGGAUAUGACCAUUCAAAAUUCCUUCAGUUCAGAGAAUUCAGGUUCACCCCUAGCAGUGUUUAAAGUAUUCUUCCUGUUUGCCAUGUGGUUUGUUUUGACUGUGUGUGUGUUGGUUUUGAUGGAAGGUACGUCUGCCAUGUUGCAUGCUCUACGUUUACAUUGGGUUGAAGCAAUGUCAAAGUUCUUUGAAGGUGAAGGGUACGCAUAUGUCCCAUUCUCAUUCAGUAAUAUGAUUGAAUCCUGA